AUGGGAGAUGAAUGGUCAAGGUAUGUGAAGUUGAGCAAAGAUAAAGAACAAGCGCCAUUUCGGGACAUUACUCCGGGAGAGCUUAAUCAACCCAUUGAUGUGCCACAAUUAAAUGCUCGUAGAUGUCUUGAAUGUGGACAAGUUUUACCUGAAGCUUACCAACCUCCAGCCGAUGAAGAUUGGACAACUGGAAUAUGUGGUUGUUUCGAAGAUAUUGAUAGCUGUUGGAUUGGAGUGUUCUGUCCAUGUGUUUUAUUUGGAAGAAACACUGAAGCACUGAAAGACGACAUUCCUUGGACCAGUCCAUGUGUUUGUCAUGCAAUGUGUGUAGAAGGUGGAAUGGCACUUGCUGUAGCAAUGGCAUUUCUCAAUGGAAUUGAUCCUGAGACAUCAUGUCUCAUUGCUGAAGGCCUUUUUUUCACUUGGUGGAUGUGUGGUAUUUACACCGGUCUCUUUCGACAAGCUCUUCAAAAACAAUAUCAUCUAAAGGAUUCACCAUGCGAUCCUUGUAUGGUACAUUGUUGUUUGCAUUGGUGUGCUAUAUGCCAAGAGCAUAGAGAGAUGAGGAAUCAUCUUUCUCAUAACACAAACAGUGAUGGAACUAUUAUCAAUCCACCUCCACUUCAAGAAAUUACAUCUGAUUUCAAUAAGGAGUCCACAUCCUCAGCAAAAUCUUAUACAAAUAAUGAUCAACAAAACAAUUUGCAGAUCCAGCCUAUAUAG